AAUUAACAAUGGCUCUCUCUAAAAAUUUAUACAAAUUGAAAUUAUCCCAGAAUAACACAAAACUGGUGAGGCCACCACAGAUCAAAUUCGGCAAUUGGAUUUUAAGUUGGAGAGAUCUUCAUUAUCAUCGCCAUGACUGUAUAUGGCGAAUCAUGCAUAUGCCUACUCAAAAUAUUGCAAAACAAUAUACUUUAAGAAUAAGAUUUGUAACUACAACUAUAAACAUGCCAAAUUUUGUGUGUAGGCCUAUUCCUAUAAAUAAUAUUUUUAGAAAAACUAGAGAGAACUGUUUCUUUUCCAUUAUACAUGAAGAUUCAGCAUUACUACCAGUACAAGGCUGUUUUUUCAGCAGUCAGCAGAGACAUUUUUGUUUCAGUCUAAAUCUACAAAGCUUUGACAACAGAAUGUCAAACGAUGAUGUAUUAACGGGACUUGAUGAAAUUCAGGUCAAACUAAUGGAGGAAGAAUGUAUUUUGGUGGACCAGGAUGAUAAAAAUAUUGGAUCUGCAUCCAAAAAAGUGUGCCAUCUUCUAGAUAAUAUAGAAAAAGGAAUGUUGCACAGAGCAUUUAGUGUGUUUCUUUUUAACACAAAAGGGGAACUGUUGCUUCAGCAAAGGGCAGAAGCAAAAAUUACUUUUCCAGAUCAUUUCACGAAUACAUGUUGCAGUCAUCCGCUGAAUUUACCAGCUGAACUUGAUGAAACUGAUGCAAUAGGUGUUAAACGGGCUGCACAACGCAAAUUACUUCAUGAACUGGGUAUUAAAGCUGAACAGGUGCCUUUGGAGGACUUCCACUACCUGACACGGAUAUUGUACAAAGCUGAGAAUGUACCCAAAGAUUACAAAUGGGGAGAGCAUGAAAUUGAUUAUAUUCUCUUUAUACAAAGAGAUGUUGAUGUAGAAGUUAACCCUAAUGAGGUUAAAAGUUACAGAUAUGUUAGUCAACAGGAAUUGAAAGAUAUAGUUGAUUCAGCAGAUAGUAAAGGACUAUUGUUGACACCCUGGUUUAAACUUAUUGUUCAAAGUUUUUUACAAAAGUGGUGGAACAAUCUGUCUGACAUUGAGUCACAAGCUGACAGAGAAACAAUUCAUCGCAUGGUGUAAUAAUAACUUGGAACUAAUAUAUAGUCAGUGCAAUUUUUACUGGGUAUUGUUUUGAUUUUUUUACUUUAUGUAUUGGAGGUAGAAACAUUUUUUUGUAAUACCUUAAUGAAAGUGUCUUGGAAGUUUAAUAAAAAUGUUUUUUGAUUUAAAGGAAGAAAUAGUGAAUGAUUAAAGAAUGCUUAUAUUUCAAACUUUAAAAAAAAAUGAUAAUGAUUCUUUUUCUUUUAAGUCAAUCAGAUUUUGUAUUAAUUUUUAUAAAUCUAAGUUGUUUUUAAACAUUUCCUACAACUACAAUAUUUUAUAACUUUUUAAAAGGCGUUAUGGACCAAUGCCUUUUAAACUGCUUUAUUUGAAAAAAAUAUAUUUAUAGUAUUAAAAAUAAAUUUUGUAUUUAAACUGUGUUGAAAGAAAAAACAAUGACCAUUAGUUUUUCUUAAUUUAAUUGCAUAAGUACAUUAUACAUAUUUGUUUAGAUAUUUUGACAUUUGAAAAAUACACCUUUAGGUUAUUGUUCAAAGAAACCAUUGUCAAUAAACCAUAAUAUUAUGAUAGAAUGAAACAACACACAUACAAAUUUCAACAACAAACAAACAACACCAUAUUUUAUUGUAUUGUGAAAUAAUCUAAGUAACC